UGACAGACAGAAUGUGGGGUGGGCUUUGUCACCAGACUUCUUCUGGAUUUUGCAUGCCCAGAUAUAUGUGCUACCACUCUGUUCCCAGGAACCUGCUGUUAUUUUUAGGGUUCUGGCAACUAAAGCAUUUCGAAACUGGGUAGUGGAGAGCUGAAACUGGGGAAAUAUGAAAUCUUUGUUGAAUGCCUUAAAGAUAGAAGUACCCUUUCGAGAGGCACCGACUUACUCCAAUCGGAGGAGGGGACCUCAGAGCACUCUUUCUGCACCGCGAGUCCUUCUCCGUUCAAAUAGUGACAAUAACCUGAAUGUGAACGAGAUCCCAGACUGGACGGGGAACACAUCUGCUACUUCACACCGAAGCCUUUCAUCACAACGACUGCAACAGAUGCAGAACAAUCCUAAUGGCACUGUAAACAGUGGCUCACGGAGCCGUUCACCAUCCCUGAACCGGAUUGGAGAAGACUGUCAGAGGCCACAGCACAGGCAGAUCAGUCCUGCUGUUAUUAAAGAGACAGUCUUUGGAUUGGAAAACCAGGGACCAAAGCGGAAACUUUACAGUGCAGUUCCUGGAAGGCAGUUUAUUGUGUUAAGGUCCUAUCAGCCUCAAGGAGAUGGGGAGAUCCCUCUCAACAAAGGAGAUCGGGUGAAAGUUCUGAGUAUUGGAGAAGGUGGAUUCUGGGAAGGCAGUUCUCGAGGACGUGUUGGAUGGUUUCCUGCGGAAUGUGUGGAGGAAAUUCCAGCAAAUGAAAGCCGGCCAGAAACCCGAACAGACAGAGCAAAGAAAUUAUUUCGGCAUUAUACGGUUGGGUCCUAUGACAGUUUUGAUGCCUUGAGUGACUGCAUUAUUGAAGAGAAAACGGUGGUCCUGCAGAAGAAAGACAAUGAGGGCUUUGGAUUUGUGCUGCGUGGGGCUAAAGCUGACACGCCAAUUGAGGAAUUUACGCCAACUCCAGCCUUCCCUGCACUUCAGUAUUUAGAGUCAGUGGAUGAAGGAGGUGUGGCAUGGCAGACAGGACUGAGAACGGGUGAUUUCUUGAUUGAGAUGAUGCCAGAUCUGCUGAGCUUUUCCAGCAAUUUCUAUUGAAGGAAUUCUUCAGAAAUUCUGAAGAACCAAGGACAGUAUGGCACAGCUGUGAUUAUAACUGACAGGCUCCAGAAAGCCUGUAUGCUGGUGUGAAAGGGGGAUCAAAUUUGGAGUGGCUUCAGUUUUUCUGGUUGCUAUUACAUUGCUCACAGGCAGAGAGACCUGUUACAAUCAACCAGCUGCCUUAAUAUUUCCUGUAAAUCUGCUCCGACCAGAAUUACUUGGCUCUUUUGGAGAAGUCGGUGUGGAAUGAACAGGCCUGAAUAAGCAGGAGAAGCUGAAUGUUCCGGCUUUCUUUCUCCCCAGUUUAUAGUCGCCAGUUCUUUCAACACAUUCCCAGAGAUUUGACAUGGAAUUUGAUCUUGUGAUAUUUGCCUACUGUUGGUAGUAAUUACCUGUGCUGUGUGUGACAUG